GCUCGGCAGGUGUAGACGUGCUGUGUGUGAGUGAUCUGUGCCGGCGAGCGGCGUGUAGCCCCCACACGAGUGCAGCGCGAGUUCUCAGAGGUCGGACCGCUGGCUGCUGUGACCCGAGAUGGCUGCGAGCGGGCGUCGCGGAUGAUGCGAGAGCUGGACACCGUCAGCCCGGUCGUGUGGCCCGCAUGGUGCUACUCGGGUGAGGGCCAGCUGGAGACGGAGGCAGCAGACGCGACGGUGCCGAGCGCGGGCGGCGGGGGCCGGAAGGCCGGCGGCCGGGCCGGGGGCGGCGGCGGCGGGGGCGGCUCGUGCACGCCGACGGGCGCGGCCAUGAACGGCGCCGGCGCGGGGGCGGGCUCCACCGCCUCCGACUCGCAGCCCCCGGCGGCGGCCGUCAAGACGGAGCGCCUCAGCCCUCCGGGGCCCUCCACGCCGGGAGGCGGGGGUGGCGGCGGGGGCGGGCCACAGGGCGCCGCCUCCAGCAACAGCAGCACCGCCAGCUCCAACAGCACCAGCAACCAGCACCACCAGUCGGGCGCGCCGGACAACACCUCGACCUCUUCCCGCAGCGGCACCCCCGGCUCCUCGUACCCGGGCACGCCGCCGGAGCGCGCCGCCUCGCCCCACCCGCUCAAGACGGACCACCUCGCCAGGAACUACUCGGACUUCAUGCGCUCGCUCGCCGCCAAGUACAACAACGCCAACCCCAACGACUACCUGAGCAGUGCGGCGGCGGCAGCGGCGGCGGCAGCUGCGGCGACGGGCGCGCGCAACGGGUACCUGGACCCGCGCUUCGCGCCCUUCAAGUCGGGCGCCGCCACGCCCUUCGUAGGGCUGAUGGCGCCGCUGACGGCGCCCGCCAGCCCGCUGCCCGGCAUCAAGGGCGGCGUCGGCGGCGGCGUCGGCGUCGGCGGCGGGCCCGCGCCCACCGGCUCCCCCAAGGACGAGCACGGGGGCGGCGGCGGCAAGAAGGGCGGCGCGGGCGGCGGCGGCCCUCCCACGCCGGCGCCCACGCCCGCCCCCGCCACGGACCUGCUCGGCAUGUUCCCGCCCAUGAUCGACAUGAGCUCGACGCAGGCGCUGCUCUCCAUGGUGCGCUCUGCCAACGCCUCCCAGCUCGAGAACUACCUUAAGGGUGCGAGCAGCCGCCGGCCGGCAGAGUGCUCUCCGCUGGACCUGAGUCCAGGAGCCGUGGUGCCGCCUCCAGCCAAGAGGCGGGCCUACCACGCCCCCUCCAGGAGCAUCGGGGAGAGCCUCUUCGCCUCCAAGGACACGCACCGCCUGCGCCGGCUGGGCAGCGUAUCACCGAAGCCGCGGCCCCCGGCGCCGCCCCCCGCCGCCUCCGCCUCCGCCGCCCCCGCGGCCGGCUCCCGCGUGCUGCCCUGCCCCUCGCUGUGCGGCGCCGCCUCCGCCGCCACCUGCGGCCCCGACGCCGCCGCCACUGCCACCUGGAGCGUCGACGACGUCGCCGCCUUCGUCGGCUCCAUCGACCUGUGCGCCGAAUACGCGCAGAACUUCCGCGACCAGCGCAUCGACGGGUGCGCGCUGCCGCUGCUGACGGAGGAGCACAUGACGGGCGCGCUGGCCAUGCGGCUCGGCCCGGCGCUCAAGCUGCGCGCCGCGCUCGCCAGGCGCCUCGGCCAGUGCGCCGCCUGCGCGCAUUGCCUCCACUGCCACGCACCUCAGCCGGCGCAGGCGCAGGCGCAGGCGAGCGCAGCCGCAGCCGCCUCCGCCGGCCACUCGCCUGCCUCCAGGCCGGCCAGCACCGGCGUCUAGGAGCCAGGCUGCCCGCGCCGACUAACGAGCGUCAGCGGGGAACUUCCGACCAAACAGUUUCUGCGAUCGGACAGUGCUUGUCCGCCCAAACACACGGACUCCGAGACCUAGCUGGGCGCCACUGUGAAGACUCGUGGUGUGUUAGUGCAGCAGAAAAAUUCCCAUCCACGUUUCAAAAAGAUUACUCCGAUAUCACAAGACUGUGAAGAAUCGAAACCGGGGGUUAACUUUAACUUGCACGUAGACAGGGCCGUUCGAGAACAUAUUAUCACACAAGCGGUGUCCACUCUGUUUGACGCCCCCAAGUGGCUGCCAGUAACUCCGAUACCUUCAGCAUAAAAAUCUUAUAGUUACGGCACCUCUGCCGCCCCCCCCCCUCCCCCCUCAGCUUGGAACCCCCAACUGCACCUUUUGUCACUUGGCCCUUAAACUGGCCCUUCCCAUACAAAGUUUUUAUUUUCAGGACCACCAUACAAUUUUACAAGAGAAUAUCUUUUACAUGCAUGCUUGGGCUUACUUUGUAGCAAUUAUGUUCAGGAUCAAAGCUCUCAUUUACAUUUCACAAAUGUCAAAUGUGCCCUCCACCAAAAUGCACGACAUCCGUCCAGACGACUGACAAACUCGUCCUGUACUUCUGAGAACAUGUUCGGAGUUAAUGCAGUCAGAGCUGUCGUGUGGUGCCACAGUUCACCCAAAGUUGUUGGGAGUGGAGGUGUGUUGAUUGGGUCUUUCACAAACCUGCACUAAAAAUAUCACAUACCCUGAGAUCAGGCAACCUUGGAAACCAAUGGUGCAAUGUGAGAUCUGUACACUCCUUAUUGCCAAUCCAUCAUUGAAGCAGUACUCUCAAAUAAAAUUAUACCGCAUAGUUUUUAAACUGAAUUGCACAUAUUGAAAUGGAGAAUGGAAAAUGCCUUUUGUUGAUGUGAUAUCUCCAUCUCCUAUCGAUGCACGAAAACCGUUCGGUGCUGAAUGAUGUUCUAAAUGAAAUAAUUAACAGUCCAAACUCUAGAGCAACAACUACAAGAGAAGCCGGCAAUUUCAAACAUUGCCUCCUAGACACUGAUCUUGGUUUUCUUAUCUCUGUUUUUCAAACGAGGUUUUUAAAGACUCAACAGUUUUUCAACACACUUCAACAAAAAAAGAAAAAAAAAACCACAGUUCAUGGACAGUGCUGUUUCGGAAUGCGUAGCUUACAUCAAAAACUUAAGAAAUGGAGAUAAAUUCAUCAACUUUUUCAGUCCCAUGAAAUGCUCAACUAAUUUGCGAGCUGAACCUUCCACGAAUAGAAAUGAAGCUACAGAUCAAUACAUUGGCAAUCAAUUGCUGUCAAAAUACUACCAGGUGUACUUAAGCGUAAUGGAUAAUAUUUUCACGGCAGUGAAAACCAGGUUUUCACAUUGUGGUAAACUGCUCUUUCUUAAAUUAGGCGAUACUAUUCAGUUUGCCAAUUAUGUUCAGCAUUUCCUAGUAGAUAGUGUCAAUUCGUUAUUACUAUUGAAUGGUGCAUCCUUCAGUCACUCACAGUCAUGUAUAGAACUGUGGUGUUUUUUCUCAUGACCAUGAAGAAACAUUUGACUCCAUCAGUGUACGUGACCAUUCUGAAAAGAAUGACUGAGAAUUAAAUGGGUCAAAUUCUUCCAGAACUUUUCAAACUGUUUUGUCUAAUUGCUACCAUUCUUACAACAUGUACUUCAGUUGAAAGUUUUUCUUGUCUUAAGAAAAAAAAGUUGAGAAACAGUGCAGCUUGAGGGUAAUCCAGGCUUCAGGCUUUCUUUCACCAGUCUUCCAAACACACAGCAGUUCUCAACAGUGCUGUUGGUAAACACAGAAGAUGGAACUGUAAUGCCAGAAUAAUAUCAGCCAUUCAUAUUGGGUAACGAGUGAGGUAGCUAGCUACACCAGGGACACCCGUAUCGUCAACCACAUAAACUGACAACUUAUGCACCAGGGAAAAUAUUUCAUUCCAGUGUUUCUAUCUUUAUUCGUGUACAUGAAAUAGUCUUGUGAAAUCACAAUAAUCUUUUUGAAAUAACUUGUAUUUUGCAAAUAUAUUGCAUGUAACAUAUUUCCUGUGCAAAAGUGAUUCUCUGAUGGCACCACCGUAAUGCAAAAUGAACUGACUGGAAUAGUAUUGUAGUAAGACUCCAGAAUUUUGCCAAUUACUGUCAAGGUCGGAAUCACUGCUCCAGAGGAAUCAGUUCUUGAAACUAACGGGAAGCAUAACUGCUGGCCUCAUUUGUGUAAUAACUAUUUUUUCAAUACUGUACAACUAUAUGGACAAACCUUACAAGGUGCACCAAGUGCCCCAUUAAUGGAGGCACGGGCUGCACUUUUAACAAAGCACUGAACCUUUGCUCACAGACAGAAAAAUUAAAGACACUGAACUGCAAUACAAAUAGUAAUGUUGACAGUGAACAGACUCUGAACAGUGUUGAGAGAUUUGUUGAUGUUUUGCUCUUGAAGCAGCUGUUCCUGAUGAUACUUAAAUAGAAAUGUAUUUUAAUUAAAUGUACUUUUAAGAAAACAUGUAAGGUAAAGUUGAGAUAGAAAAAGUAAUACAGUUUUCCCCCUCUGAUCUCUUUCCUCAUUUGCAAAAAACUUGCAGUAGUUUAUUAUGGUCCGACACUGUGUAUACUUGUAAAAUUUGCUCAUUAAACUGUCUAUAACAUGCCCUACUAUUCAAUUUCAUCGCAGGUAACUCAAUCCAAGCUUCACAAUCCUUAGGAAUUUUGUUUUUAUCGUGUCCGUCCAUCUAUGAAUCCUGUGUGAUGCUCCACUAGUAACUAAAAGUGUUUUAAUUAAAGAGGGAGUGAGAGCAGAAGCAAAUUAUUUUCCAUUUAAAUCAAUAAGAACAGGCAGUGUUACGUCAACCACUGCUCAAAUUGCUAGCAUUUACUUCUCACUUACAUUCUGACUGCAGCAGUUCUGGUGGAAGCAUCUUUACUGAUUUGAAAAGUUUUUUUUUUUACUUCUCAAUUAAUCACAAAAGGUAUGUAGACUGCAACAAACAGCACAUCCUCCUCCUCCUCCUCGCCCAAUCUUACAUGUUACAUGUGGUUUAAAUUAAUCAGCUAAAAUAGCCCAAAUGUGUCAACUCUCGCAAAGGAAGAUGUAAUGUAACUAAAAUUUACACUUUUAAUUAUUGUUUAAAGUGACUUUAAAGAUUCUUGUAACAACAGAUAUUCAUCAGGAUAAUUUGUUGACGUCUGAGAGGCAUCUUUCAGUACUGUGGAAGCUGUCUUAGAA